UAGGCCAUAUAAAAGCUACUUCUGGUUUUUCAGCUCAGAUUAGCACUGACCCGAGUCUUAGGACGACGUUUUAACUGUAGCUUUAGUCAGAAACGCAGAUAUUUUAUCACUUUCACGAACACAAGUUGUUUUUGUAUCCUCCGCUCGACGACACCUCACAGAAAAAGUGUCGUUAGCUACUUGGCAAGUUGUUAGCUCGCUGUUAGCCUGUGACGUUGUUAGCUAAAACAACUCUGCCACAUCGGGUGUUUUACCGCCUGUUUUAUGUUUUCAUCACUCCAAAAACAUGUUGGACGGAACUAUUGCGAACGGUGACCCAGCCAAUAUCGGAAAUGUCGAAAACAACAACCCGAUACAGAGCUGUAAAACGAAGCAGGCGCUGCUGAAGAAGGGAGGGAGGAAGUCGGUGCACCAUCACCAGAAAGCCCCGAGACACUGCCCGAACAUCCGGCUGUCGGACCACAACAACAACACCCUGACGGCCUCCUCAGGGUACAGAACCUCGGCUCAGUCCGCGGCUCACCUGCCUGGAGGGAACCAGGCGGUGCUGAACCACCAUCAUGUCCGACAGGGAGCCAAGAAGGAGGUGCUGAAGUCUAAAUCUGUUCAGCCUCCCAGACAUCUCCCCAGACAUGAUCAAAUCCCACACAAUGUGAACACCAGGAGCCACAAACCCAAGCAGAGCCAGUCGCCCGCCGGCUCCCCCUCCGCAAAAAAGCACGACAACCGCACUCCUAAGAAGCCCCUCAACGUCUCAAACAACAUGACGAUCCCGGCCAGUCCCUCUGCCGACGCAGAUUACCUCCAAGAUUGUGAAAAGAUCUACGCUGGAGCCAAGUUCAGCGAGCCGCCAUCACCCAGUGUCUUACCCAAACCUCCCAGCCACUGGGUGGGAGUAAAAGAGCCGCAGCAGAUCAACCAAAGCAGGGAGCAAAUUACCAUUCACCUGAAAUCGCUGCUAAAAGUUCAGGAUUAAACAUCAAUAAGAAGAUUCUAAUUGGAGCAAAGAAUGAGGUUUAAAUUCUAGAAAUUAGAUGAACCCAGUUUGGCCUUAAUCACUGCAAUAUUUAUGGAGAAGUUUCCUGCUCUGGUACAGUUUUCCAUUUUACAGACGUGCUGCCUGCAUGUUUAAACACCUCAGUGUUGCUGUUUGAGGACUUCCUGACAUGCCAUGUAUGUCGGGGUCCGUCAGAGGAGCUGUGUUUUUGUUACUGAAUUUCUUAGGAAAGUGUAUAUAUUUUUUUUGUUGGUUAUUUUUUAGCAGCAGCACAGCCACCGUUUCAUUUACACGAUGCAAAGCAACAGCACUUUGGUCCACCUUAAAAAGGCAGCCAUGUUGGACUUUUAAAAGAGCUUAUGUAAAAUGUACAUAAUGUAUGUUGUCUAUUUUCCUCUUUUAACUGAGAUUCUUGUUUUAUUGAGUUUCUGAAAUGCAAAAAAACGUCCCCUGCGAACCGAAGCACUUUUAUAGCUCCUUCAGCGUGAGACAGGAUGGCUCUGAGAGACUUUUAUUUUUAAUGGAUUUGCACUGAAAACGAAGAAGAGGAAGGAGAGGAAACUUUGAUCACCAGCCGACUUCCACCUCCUGACUGGUUACUUUGAAACGUGGCUCUGAUGGCAGCCGUAAAAAAAAAAAGCCAUAGCCAAAUGUGAGCUGAUAGCUGAAGGUUUCUCUUUUUAUUUGUUCCUUUCUCUGACUCCUAGUCCAAAGGACAGUGAGUUGAAUCUGAGACUGAAGCAUGGAGGCUUUUGGACUCUCAGUGAACUGAAAAAACGAUCAUGGAAAACGUCUCACUGCAGCUGAAGAAACUGAAACUCCAGCAUUCUCACAAAGUGCUUGUUAAAUUUGUUUUGCACUAAAUUUAGGUUGUUUUCACAUAAAGCUAGAAAUGUUUUUUUCCCUUGCUGUAAGUUAUAUAAGUGUCAUACAGGCUUUACUAUUGAUAUUAAGUUUUCAAUUUAAAAGAAAAAUAUGCUUAUUUUGGAUAACUGACAGAAACAAGGCGUUUGAUUAUAAAAAUCCCUUAUUUUGGCUUUUUAAAAAGGUUUAUUUUCCAUUGACUGCAUUUUAAAUCACAGUAUUUUACACAUUUAACAUAAGUCUAAUUGCUUUUAAAUUUCUGGCAUUUAAUGGCCUGAUAUUAACAUAAAGCAUUUGAGUGAAAAAUCAAAAAGCAGCACAGCUUCAUUGGAAGAAAAUUGAUCUUAAACCUUUUAUUUUCUUUUUUACUAUUCUAGCUUUUUGUGUUUACAGUCUGGUUUUUGCUCUGAUAGGGGACUUUUUUUUAACUUAUCUUCCUUACUCUCCACUAGAAUGUGCAUUAAUGUUUACUGAGAGUACUUGUGUUUUCCACCGAUCUUUUCAUCCUAUUAUCUACCAUGAGUAUUUCUUUUUCUGUUUAUUUUUCUUAUGGUUGUUUUGAUGGUGGAGGCAGGCAGCUGCUGGUUUCUGUUUAUCUGUGAAGUUGUUUAAUGGAAAAUUGUACUAAUGUAGCAAACUUUACAUUUUAUUGCAGUGCUCGGUCAUUUCAUUCCAGUAAUAUCCUUCAUGGCACAAUUUGAGAAAGAAAAGUUUUAUGAAACAUAAAUUUGAUAUGAAAUUGAUAAUAAAAUAAUUGGUU